UAUUGUGAUUUAUUUUAUGGGAAGCCUUCAAAAAGUUUCCAGUCACCUGUAUUUGCUCACAUUAUCAGUGUUCUUAUUUCUGCUCUCUAAUAACCUGCAUGUUCCAAUCCUGCCUUUUGGGAUGGAGAACUGGGAAUUACAGGACUUGAUUUGAACCUGUUAAUGAGCAGUGGCUUUUCUCCUGCUGAAAACUUGGUGUCAUAAACAUUACCUGUUAAUAACAGGGGUUUUUUCAGUGUGAAUACCCAAAUUUUUGAACAAAGGUGACAGCGGGGUCUCAGACCUUUGAGCAGGAGGUGUGAGACACCCAGUUCAUCUCAAACUGACUACAGAAAUUCUUCUUUCCAAAAUAAUCUAUUCAGCUGGGUUCUCCUCUCCCUCAAGUCUGAGUGAACUGAGAUUUUCUUUGUUCUGGGGCUCUUUUAAGGGGCCAUUUGAGCACCUUCCUUGAAAGAAGGUGCUGCAUCCACGUGCCCUAAUGGAAAGGGAUCCAAAUCUCUGAUUGGCAAAUCCUUCUCUCUCUUGCUCCACUCCUUUCUCUCUCCCAUCCCACAUUUUCCCUCCCCAGAGUUUAUUGGUUACCUGUUGAUUCAAACUCCAGCCUGGAAGCUGCCAAAGCAGGUUGCUGCUGCUGACUGGCUUCUUGGCUUGCUGCAGCCCUCAGGCAGAGAUGGAUAAUCUGCCCGGUUCCUGUCUAUAAUAUGGAGAAAAAGGGGGGGGGAAAGAAAAUAAAAACAAUAGAAGACCUGGAAAUAUUUUUCAAAUCAAAAAGAAUUAAAGGCAGAGCUUUUUUGUUUAGAAAUUAAAUGAAUAAUAAUUGUUUUAAGUUAACCAGGCACAACUAUUUCAUACUGAGGAGCAAUGGAUGCCAUAUGUCUAAAAUAUGGCUUUUAUUUGGUAGGUUUGGGGGCUCUUUUCCACCGUGACAGAGAGUUCAGGCCUUGCAAAGUCAACCUUUAUUUUUACCAAAGAAUGUGAAAGAACCAUGCUGUAAUCAAACAAGGAACUCCCUCCCAUCUCCUAGUGUGAUUUAAUUAGGAAAGGUGUCAGGAAAGCCCCCCUUUCCCAGUUACCUGCUCACCUGCAUUUCACUGAAAUCAGAAGCAGCCUGGUCAGGGCCAGAUUUUUCCAGUGGCUCCACUUCAGCCUGUGCUCAGGAAGUGCCACUGCACCUGUCAGCUCCCACUCUGGGAAUAAUGUGGAGAUUUUUGAUUCCAAAAUGUCCUGUCAGCCCAGUGGCAGCACAGCACCUGUUGUCCCGGCCCACAUCUUGUCCUCUGAAUUUCAAGAGACCUUUGAGAAGCAACAAAAAGGCAGCUGCUUUCAGGGACCAGCUGAACCUUCUGAUCCAGCCUAAAGAGGCCAGUGGCCUUGUGUCUAAACAAGAAUUAUUUUAGGGAAGAUCCGCUCUCUUACGUUAAAUCAACUCUACCAGUCCCUGGCUGUAAACCAGUACAAGACACACCCUGUGUGCACUCCCUCAGCACAGAGGUGGAGGAAUAAGAUGCUUUGCCAGUGGUCUGAGUUCAGUCUUCCUUUUGGGUUUCUGAUUUCCCACUCUGGGCACACUCCCUGUGCCCAGGGAGCCGGUGCCCUGGAUGUCUCCCUGCAUGAUGCACAGUGGAUCACACAAGGAAGUGCUCUGUGGACACACAAGUUAGCUCGGGAGUGGGAGGCUCCAAAGGACCUCGAGAAGAGUUGUGUACCAACUUGAUGGGUUUUAUUUUUAGAUCUUGUCAAGUUUAUUUAGAGCUGUCUUGGUGUUAUAUUAUUGUGUUCCAGCUGUACCUCCAGAAAUAUUUACUUUAUUCAGUUCACUGUUGUUUCAGAAAGUUAGCCUGUUCACUAACAGCUACAUGAGGAAUUCUCUCCAGGCCCCUGAUGGACAUCCAGAAAGCCUGAUAUUUUCCACAUUAGCUCUGUUCCAUGGCACGUAGAGCCUCUGCCAUCCCCUCAGCUCCAUACAAGCUCACUGUCACUCAGUGACACUAAAUUCUGGCUUAGCAUUGCAGUUACCUCUUGUUUUCUGCUUCUUGUGCCUUCUGUUUGAAGUAGCACAAGUUUUUUGCCCAGAACUUUCCAGUAUCUUCCUAGUAAAGAUCUGUCUUGCAGUUUGAACUGCAAGAGUUCAAAGUCUGUCUGCACAAGGACGAGGAAGGGAAGAUACACUGAGAUUUGGUUUUGACUUUAUGUGUGACCCAGAAGUGGUACAGAUUCCAGGAAGGGGUUCUCAUUGACUUCACUCUGACAUCAAGCUUUAAUAAAAGUUUGGGGGUAAAUACAGUGGGGAAAUCAGUGGCCUUCUCACAGCAGAAGUCUCACUUGCUCUUUGGCUGUAAAAAAAACUACUCCCUUGAAGGAAUGGCUUAGCAAGGAGAUUAGGGCUAUGCCUUGGUAUCAGAAUCCAAUUCCAGGAUGAGAUUUCAGUGUGUUAAGCAAAUAACUUGCUCAGAGAGAAAACCUGGAGCCUCCAGAAUACAGACUGGCUUAUAUCCAUCUGGGAUAAUACACAGUAACUGAUCUCUGGCUUGUAGGUACUGUGGUACUGGCUGUUCUAGAGAAAUCUGAGAGGGUUUAUUACAAUCAGAAGAAUGUGGAGACCCAGCCCCGAGGAACUUUCACUCUAAAUACACUUUGUACAAGAGGGUGAAUCCAGAACAAAACACGGGAACAGCAUCUCUGAACCCAAGUUGUUACAUGACAGCUGACAGGAUCCAAUGCCAAGUGUCCUGCUGGGAUGUCCAGAUUAGCAUUUAAAUGCUUAAAAUUGGGUACUGAUGUGAACUUUCCAAAGUCUAAAUGCAGAGAUGAGGAAAUCUGUUGAUGAUACCUCUGUAGGGGAUUACUUUUUUGUCGGUCCAAGGCAAGGUUAAGAAAAAUAAUCCCCCUUGUUUUCCAGCCUCUGCUAAUUUUCUUCACGGUGCAAUGAUCUGUUUCCUUUCAUCCUGUGGCUCUAGGAAAACUGUUCAGAAAGGAAGAUUCAUGGAUUUCACAAGCACAGUCAUCAUCCCGCUGCUUUUUGGCAGCCUGGGGAUCUUCGGCCUUUUCCGGUUCCUGCAGUGGAUGCGGAUGCGAGCGUACCUGCAGGAGGCAGUGGUGGUGAUCACAGGGGCCACCUCUGGCCUGGGAAAAGAAUGUGCCAAAGCUUUCCAUGCAGCUGGCUCCAAGGUGGUGCUCUGUGGCAGAGACAGUGAGAAGCUCAAGGAGCUGGUGCAGCAGCUUUCUGCUGUGAAGAAUCACCGGAAGAAGACACACAAACCCCACACUGUGGUGUUUGACCUCUCGGACACCAAAGCUGUGCUAAACGGUGCUGAGGAGAUCCUGAAGCACGUGGGUCACGUGGACAUACUGAUCAACAACGCAGGCAUCAGCUUCCGAGGCACAAUCGUGGACACGGGGCUGGAUGUGGAUAAGAAAGUGAUGGAAACAAAUUAUUUUGGACCUGUAGCCCUCACCAAAGCACUUCUCCCCUCCAUGAUCAAGAGGAGACAAGGCCACAUUGUGGCCAUCAGCAGCGUUCAAGGCAAAAUAAGCAUUCCUUUCAGAUCCGCAUAUGCUGCCUCUAAGCACGCUACCCAGGCCUUCUUUGACUGCCUGCGAGCAGAGGUGGAGCAGUAUGACAUUGAUGUGACAGUUGUGAGCCCUGGAUACAUCCAGACAAACCUCUCUCUCAACGCUAUCACAGCAGAUGGAUCUCGCUAUGGAGUUAUGGACAAGACCACGGCCCAGGGACAGACGGCGGCCGAGGUGGCUCAGGUGGUUCUCAAUGCCGUGGGACAGAGGAAGAAGGAAGUGCUCGUGGCUGGCCUGACUCCCUUCCUGGCUGUCUACCUGAGGAACCUCUGCCCCAGGGUCUUCUUCACCUUAAUGGCAUCUAGAGCAAAAAAGGAGAGAAAAGCAAAGGACUCUUAGAGCUCAGAUUGCCUGAGCAGUACCUGCAGGGACAGGCUGAGCCCCUGCAGUCGGCUGGGACAUCAUUGGAGGUGCUCCUGCAGGAAAAACCUUUCUCAAAAUAAUGAAGUUUACUAUUGCAUGGAGAGUGGGAAGUGGUUUCCCCCACAUUGGUGGAAGAAAGCACCUAAACCUCACCUGGAGAAGGAAGGGUGCUCGGACAAUGGGGGAGAGCUGAGGCUGCAGGGGAGGGUGACUCAAGGGAACACACUGCAGCCAGGGAGGCCCCUGUGCUGGAACACAGCACCUCACCUCACUCCAGGCAUGCUCAGAUCUACUGGGCUGCUACAAAUAAAACCCACCUGUUUUGCCUUCACACAAGCAGAUCUCGGCUUUCCCCACGCCAUGGCCCCUGUGAAAUACAGUCCUUGGCUCUCGUGAUCAGUGUCUCCUUCCCACUCCUUCCAAUCCGAUCCAGAACAUGCUGCUUGAAGUGGGAAACUGCACAGAGCUUCUGCUUGUUAACAUGCCAGGUCAUCUGAUAUGUUAAGUUCAAGUCCAGUGCCAUUUUUAAAGAAGUAACUGAUGUACAAUUGAAGUAUAUUUGGCCAUCAUUUUACCUGUCUGAACUGUGUCUUACUGAUGUACGGGGACAUUUAACUCUGCACUGGCAGCACAGUAUGAACCCCAAGCACCAGAGAAUGCAGGAAAGCACUGAACAGAUACAACAGCACAGCAAGUCACAGCAAGGUGACAGCAGCACACCUGGCCCAGCUGCAGGCCUGGAGCACAGAGCAGGUGUGAUCCCGUGGAUGCCAGGCCCUGUCUCCUGGAUGCAGAGGAGAACCUGUGUGUGCAGGAUGCACAGUCUAGCAGACAGACCCUUAGUUCUCAUUGCUUCAAAGCAAUCACAGAUGCUAAUUAGGAUCACAUCCAGUGGGGAAUGAUACCUGCCUGUUCACUCAUCACAGGCUUCAGGGAGUGCCAUAUUCCAUUCUUCGCCUGUUCUCAUGUGAGAGAUACCAGCUCUAGGAAAAAGGAAUUGCUGCACAGAGAGUUCAGUAAGGACAGAAAUAAUCUUUUUAAACUUGUAAUUAAAAUAAAACUGACUAAUAGGAAAACAAAGGUCCAGACCCCUGUUGCCACCUCCAUGCACUUGCCAGCAUUUUCCAUGUCCUGCCUCGUAAGUCCUGACUGUGAGUGCUCAUCUGAUGACAAAUAAAUUACAUUGCUAUGAAAUGAA